AUGAAAUAACUUGACCAUUUUAAUUUGAUUUGAUCCUUUAAGUUAAUCAACAUUUGUCAUUAAAGAGUUUUAUUUUGAAUAAUUGAUUUAUUACCUAAAAUUGCUUUAUUGGAAGAAUAUUGAAGUAGAAACAAAGAGAAAGUCCAAGUAAAAUAUAUUCUUCACACGCUUUCCUUAAAUUGUAGUAUUUCGUUUUCAAACUUUUUUGCUAUCAUACCAUAUUCGUCGUGUAUUCGUGUCAGUGCUUGCUGUAUUCCAAUCUUUUUAUUUUGUAACUAUCUUGGGUUUGAGUGUAUAAAUAUUAAUGUUUGACUACAGUAAACAACUCUUUUAAAAAUAUAUACAUAGCUGUAAGUUUAGGCAAAACAACUCAAGAAUAUCAUCAUUUAUGUUUUAUUCUAUUUAGUAAUUAGCAUAAAUACAACAAAUCCUAAAGAAAAAAAUAUCUAAGAAUUAAUUUAAGUUUGAGCUCUUUUUAGGGUUAGAUAACCAAAAUUUUCAGAUACAAUCACUUAAUACCAAAAGGUAACAAUAAACAUAUAAAAUGUGAAUUGUGUUUUAAAAAGAAAGUAUUUAAAAAAAACAUAUAAAAUGUGGAAAGCAAACCAAAAUCCUUAGUUACUUGUAACGUACAUAUAUAUUCAUUGAGAAAACAAUCUGGAACAUGAUUGGAUUACAUUAAGAUCCAUCUUUUCACCUACGUUAGUACUAAUCUGAUCACCACAUAGGCAUAGCAUAAUAACUGUUUAAUCAAGGUUUAACUAAUUAACCUUAGAACAGUUUCGUCGAAUCUCUCCAUUUAAGUAUUAAGUAUUUUUUUAAUAUGUAUAGACAAUCCUAAAAUGUCAUCUAAUUAAAAAGAAAAGAAUAUUUCGGAAAAAUUAUUUGUGAUAAGAAAGAAAAAAAAGAUUUAAUAAAUGUGUAAAUUGAAUGAAAAAAUAUUAAGUAAUAAUAAAUAAAUUAAUAAAUAGCUAUUUUUUGUGUGGGAAAAAUUAAUUUGUCAGCAAUGUUAUAUAAAGGGGUCAGCAAGAUAAAAAUCAUAAGAAAGAAAUAAAUAAAAUAAAAUAAAAUGGAACCUAAGAAGUGUGUUGAUCUUCUUAGUGGAGAGAAGAAGAAGAAGAAUGUGAGAUGGACCACCGCGGAAGAUCUCAAGUUAUGGAGUUCCUCAUCACAUACAUGGGCUGACAUGGCUGCAGCAGUCCACAAUGACGACAUCAAAGCAGUUCGUGCGAAGUUUCUACAACUUACAACCAAGAAAAGAGUUUCUACCUGGACGAGGGAUGAAGGUGAUUUACUCAAGCAACUGACGCUAAAGGAUAGAAAAGAUCAUUCCAAGCUCAAACGAAUGACGCAGAAGCUUAAAAAGGGUAAGGUUCAAACGGGAAAGAUGAGAUGGGACUGACUUCAAUCUGAAGAAGAGAAAUCAAAGGAGGUGGAAGCGAGUCUUGCUGCGAGGGUGGAAGAGGAGCAUCUGGAACAAGAAAGGCGAGAUACGGCGGUGGUGAUCCUCGACCCCUACUCUUCGUCCGACGAAGAAGAUUAAAAAGAUUCAAUUUUUUUGUUUUUUUUUUCUUAGUUUGAUUAAGAAUCCGUCUAUUGAUUAUGGUGUCAUGCUAAGGAUCUGUCUAUUCUACCUUUUUUAUUGUUGGUGUUGGUUCUUUUACAAUUCUUGAUAGGGUUUUCACUAUCCUAUUGGUUUUUUUACGAUUCUUUUGAUUCGAAAACAGUUUCUUGGAACUGGAAUGUCUAAAUAAAUAAUAAAAAAUUUCGGAAAGACAUGAAAUAGGUUUGAAUCCGAUCUUCUCAUAUUCUCACUUUUGAAAUGCAUGAUACAAAUACAAGUACAACAAAUUGACAAAUGGAUAUGUAUAAGUGGUUUAUGUAGUUGCUUUUGGUGCAGUUUAAUUUUGUUAGUUCAUUGUGAACUAUUUUCACACCAGAUGUUAAAAAUAGUUUGUAAAAUUAGCAUACAAGAUGUGAGACGAUUGUAGUUAUUGUUUACUUAUAUUAUUAAAACUGAAGUACUUUUUAAAACAACUCUUCUUUCAUUUUAAUAAUUCCAAUUGACGCCACUGAACUAAUGACUAUUAAUUAGUUAACCACAAAUAAAUUAUUAUAUUAUUUUUAUACAAAUAUUAUAUAUUAAAAAUCAAACAAAAAUCCAUAUGAAUGGAUAUUUGUACAAUCACUAUAUUUUGUGUUGUGAAUAAAUUGUAUGUCUAUUUUACUAAAACAAACACACAUACGAUCAAACUCUAGUAAUUAUUAUACAGAAUGUAAAAGCCUAUUUGAGACGAGAGACUGCUAGAGAAUCACUUAUACGAAACAAGGAAGUUGUUGCAGGUAACUAAAACUAAUCUCAGACUAUGGAUUUUAUUAGAAUCUCUUCAUUAUUUAAUCUUCGGUAUCACACUUAGAAACUUGUUCUUGAUCAGUAACCAACAAAAUACUGCUUUUAAUGUUCCAAAUGUCAAAGAUUGGUCGCAUCUAAAUGGUCAAUAAUGACAUUUAGGCUUAUUUUAUUGUCACAUAUUACUUCAAAUACACUGUUUCUGUUGAUGGUUUUGGAGAGUAACAUAUGGUUAACUAUCACUGCAGAUUUCAAGCAGGCAUUGGUCGGUCCUUGGAGCCCAAAACAAGACGGCAAAGAAUGCUGAGACACGACCCAAAAACUCACGAGUUAGAUAGAAAUUAGAAACUGAUUUUAUUGCGGCAGCUAGAGAAUGGGAAUCAGGACAGCUAGAGAAUGGACACACUUUCCAGAGCUAUUGCGGCAGCUAGAGAAUGCGAAUCAGGAGGACCCCUGCCCCUGUAACACAGAUGGAGAACUCUACUAUCUUACGAUCUGAUGCAGCGUGGCGAGUGGACUCGAUGACUGCAGGUCUGGGCUGGAUCAUCACUAGACAAGGUGAAUCACUCAGCUUUUCCGAAUUAUGCAGCAGGUUCACUCACCAUUAAUGGGAGAAGCUUUAGCAAUGAGUUCGGCCUUGCUUAAGUGCAAGGAGUUGGGGAUCUGACAGAUCAAAUGUGAGUCGGACUCAAGACUUCUGAUAAACAGCAAUGUGGCAAUAUGUUUUCAAGGACGCAAGAAAGGAGAACCACCAAGCAUUCGAGCAGCUAUUGAUCGAGAGCCUGGAGAAGUUUAUACGGAGAGAGGCUCAAGAACGUUCACUGGAGAGCGACGGGCACCAUGAUUCGGACUCGGAUGAAGAUUUUGCAGGUACUAGAGUUGUGAUUGGUCCCAAAGGAAGCAUGUACUCGAUGGGGGAUCCUCUUCUCUCCGAGUACAUUGAGUUAAACAAACCAAUCAUGGAAACGAACACUUCAUCUGGUCAUACAAACCACCAUCCCUUUGACGCGUCGUCUGACUCCUUUGUAUCCGAAGCGGAGCAGAGCCUGGAGAGAGAAGUUGGCCUUCAUAAACCAAGGCAAAGCAUCGGGGGGUCAUGUAUCUACUCGGACACGGUGAUAUAAAAGCAAGAAAAGAUUUGUGGUUCAUCAAGAAGUUAGUUAUUAAUUACUUUUACGCAUUCUUGAGGAAAAAAUGCAGAAGAGGAAUUGCAAAUUUGAGUGUGCCCCAGCCCCAUCUGAUGCAGGUCGGCAUGACAUACAUGGUUUGAGCUUCUUAUUUCGAGCAUAGCUUCUUUUUGGUGUCCGUAGAAUUAAUUAUUUGUAAAAAGCCUGAUGUUUCUGCAUUGUAAGUGAAGAAUCUGAGUCUUUCACUACUAAAAUCUGUAGAGAGAAUCUAGUAGAGGAAAAGAUUGAAGCCUAUAAUGGUCAAUUUCAAGAACUCCUCUUUACAAUAAAGUUAAACGGAGCUUUGUGGAGUAAACUUUGUCUCCAUGCCGCGUUGUCUUUUUUUAACGUCCAUAGUUUUGAGUACCUCUCCGGUAAGCAAAUGCAAUUAUUCUAGGUGCACAAGGAGAAGAAACAAAUCACAGUCUAUGUUUAAGCAACCAAAGAUAUACAACUAUAAUUUAUUUACAAGAAGAGUUGGUUAUUCAAGAGUAUUAAUCCAAACAAAAAAGUGUAAUAAGGAAGACAAUAGUGUUUAUAACAAAUAAACAAAAGAAAUUGCACAAAUCUUACAUUUACUGUUUUGAAAUUUGCAAAACUCAAAUCCAUUAGUCGGUAAAGUUGUCUGAUUAAACUUUAUGGUACUUAACGAAGCAAUAUACUAGGCCCAAACGAAUAAUUAGUUUGGCCUAAUAAUCCAAUUAAACAAUUUCAUUAUGGUCUAAUCUGGUACAAUUCUUCAGUUAUGUACUAUCAGUUCAUUUUGGCUUAUUGGAAGCGCAUUAUGUACCGUAUAAUGGAAGCACUUGAAAUUCUCGGUGCCUAUUUCAAAGAUAUUUCCUUCUCAGCUCAGAAGAAAGAAAUAUAAUGGAGAGAAAAGUUAUCGUGGAUAUUAGAGAGAAAGGGAGAACAAUAUCAGGUGGACUAAUGAGCAAGACUUGAAGUUAUGGUCUCAUGAUAGGCUUUCCUUACCAAAUUGGGUACUUAACGAAGUAAUACACUAGGCCCAAACGAAUAAUUAGCUAGGCCUAAUAAUCCAAUUAAACCAGUUCAUUAUGGUCUAAUCCGGUACAAUUCUUCAGUUAUGUACUAUCAGUUCAUUUUAGCUUAUUGGAAGCGCAUUAUGUACCGUAUAAUGGAAGCACUUGAAAUUUUCGGUGGCUAUUUCUUUCCUUCUCAGUUCAGAAGAAAGUAAGAUAAUGGAGAGAAAGGUUAGCGUGAAUAUUGGAGAGAAAGGGGAACAAUAUCAGGUGGACUAAUGAGCAAGACUUGAAGUUACGGUCUCAUGGUAGGCUUCCCUUACCAAAUUGGGUACUUAAUGAAGUAAUUAAUACACUAGACCCAAACGAAUAAUUAGCUAAUCCUAAUAAUCCAAUUAAACCAGUUCAUUAUGGUCUUAUCCGGUACAAUUCUUCAGUUAUGUACUAUCAGUUCAUUUUGGUUUAUUGGAAGCGUAUUAUGUACCGUAUAAUGAAAGCACUUGAAAUUUUCGGUGCCUUUUUCAAAGAUCUUUCCUUCUCAGUUCAGAAGAAAGAAAGAUACUGGAGAGAAAGGUUAGCGUGAAUAUUAGAGAGAAAGAGGAAAACUAUCAGGUGGACUAAUGAGCAAGACUUGAAGUUAUGGUCUCAUGGUAGGCUUCCCUUACCAAAUUGGGAAGAUAUUGCGGUGGAAGUGGGAUGUGGCAACGUGUCAGCAGUUCUUACAAGGUUUUUUGAGCUCACAAGUAAGAGACGUGUGUCAAGAUGGACUAAGGAGGAAGACGAUGCCCUUACCAACGAUUCAUAAGAAAGAAAAAAACAUGGUAUGAAAGAAUCAUGUUGAUCUUGGAGAGAAGAAAGCAAGCUGGACAACAAGGAUGAUCUUUUGUUAUGGUGUCAUACUAAGGAUCUAUCUAUUGAUUGUGAAGAACUAGCCGAGAAAGUGGGACACAGUACGUCUGUAGUGCGUAAGAGGUUUGAUGAUAUGACGAGGAAGAAACAUGUGUCUAAGUGGACGAAUGAAGAAGACGACACCCUAAGGAAGAUGAUGGUGGAAGAAAGAAAAGAUCACUCCAUACUUAAUACUAUGGCUCAUAAAAUGAAAAAAAGGCAAGAUCGAGUGUGGAGAGCAAUGGGAUUGGUAGAAGUUGGACGAAGAAAAAGCAAGGCGGUUUCAAGAAGAACUGGCGAACAAGGCUGACGACGAUCUUGAGGGACUUGAAGAACAUAGUUUGUGGGUGGAAGAAGAACAAAGCUUGAAAAAACUUGUUGAAGCAUAAGAGGAAGAGGAACACAUAGAGACGGGGUGAAACUUGUUGAUUAUUCUUCGUUUGAUGAAGAAGAAGCUUAAAAGAUUCUAUUUUUUUCUUUUGAUUGUUGGUGUUGGUUCUUUUACAAUUCUUGAUAUGGUUUUCACUUUCUUGUUGGUUCUUUUACGUUUUGGAAUUUGAAUGUAUAAAUAAAUAAUAAGUUUUCCGGGAAAGACAAAUAGGUUUGAAUCUGAUCUUCUCAUAUUCUCACUUUUUAAAUGCAUGAUAAAAGUACAAGUACAACAAAGUGACAAAUAAAUAUGUCGAAGUGGGUUAUGUAGUUGCUUUUGGUGUAGUUUAAUUUUGCUAGUCCAUUGUGUACUAUUUUCACACCGGAUGUUGAUCAAAGUCGGACAAAAAAUAGUUUGUAAAAAUAGUUUGGAUUUAAAGUUUUUAAUUGUUUAUUUAUAUUAUUAAAACUGAAGUAUUUUUUAGAACAACUCUUAUUUCAUCCUAAUAAUUACAGUUACACCACUGAAUUAAUGACUAUUACUUAAUUAACCACAAAUAAAUUAUUAUAUUAUUUUUAUCCAAAUUUAAUUAACUAACCAAACGUAUCAAAUUUACAAUUAGUUUCUAACUGGAUUGUUCUAUAACCAAAUUUUACAAUAAAAUUUAAAAAAAAUUAUUUAAAAUAUGACUACAAACUUUAAAUGUUAUAUAUUCAUGUGUAUUAUUAUUUCAUUUCACAUAAAAAAUAGAAACUAUAGAUAUUUUUAAUAAAACAUAUAAAGUUAUUUUCCAAAUAUAUGUUAAAUAGUGCAAUGAUUAAUAUAGUUCACACAUGUACUUGAAUUACAAGAAUACAACAAAUAAAUUUCAAUUUAAUAUUUUCUCAAAAAUAAAUAUAUGAGUUUAUUUUAUUUGGCAUAAAAAAAACUUAGAGACAUAUCUAUCUAUCUUAUUAAAACAGAAAUACAUUUAAUUUUGAAAAUGCAGAUUUAUUAGUAUACAUAAAGAUAAUAAUUAGUAUUAAUUUAUAAAAUACAUAAACAUACUAAUUGGUGUUUUAAUUUAUAAAUAAAUACGUCAUAAAUGGUUACUAUAUUUAAAAAUUACUAAUUGACAAAUAUGUUAUAUAAAAUAUUAUUUUGAUUGGUUUUGUAUCCAACUGUAAUAUGAAAAAUCAACAAAUCACACGCAAUUAAAAAUUUGUCAAUCUAUUACAAAUAUUAUAUAUUGCAAAUCGAAGAAACAUCCAUAUGAAUGCAUAUUUGUACAAUCAUUACAUUUUUGUGUUCCGAAGAAAUUGUAUGUCUAUUUUAUAAAAACAAACACCAGUGCAGAUCAAACCUAGUCAUUAUUAUAAGAGUAGACAAAUGGUUUUAGUUAGUGUUUAUACAGAAUGUAAAGUAAAGAUUUUUUUUAAUUAUUCAGUUCAUGAUUAAACCUCUAAGAGAUUAUAGUGAUUUUAUGUUUUAUUUAAUUAUGGUUACAUAUGUACAGACUGGCAUCGAACCUAUUACCUCUAAAUUUCUCAAUCGAUAGGGUGUUUUAUACAAAUAUAUAAAAUCGUAAAUGUCCUUUGCUGUAAUAACGUAAGUUAUACGUUCGGACAAUAAGUCACGUUUAUUUUGGGUUUCCGACAUAACUGAAACAGCUUCGUCUCUCUUCCGUUUCAUCACCACGCCUUUCUUCUCCUCUGUUUCAUUUCGAUAUUUUUUUUUUGUGAAAAAAUGUUUGAUCAUCUGAAACUGUUGCGAUGCUUCAGCUUCACGGCAUCGCGCGAUUGGUUAUUCAAACAAUCAUUCUUAAACGCCGGUCUCUGCUCCGUCACCACCGAUCUCUCCCACGACAAUCCCCUCUCAUCAACGUCAAUGCACUGUUGGAUCCCUAAAUCUCCAAACCGAUCCAAACCUAACCUCCUCCUCCUCCACGGCUUCGGAGCCAACGCAAUGUGGCAAUACGGCGAACACCUCCGAGCUUUCACGGGCCGGUUCAACGUCUACGUCCCUGACCUCCUCUUCUUCGGUUUAUCUUCCACGUCAGAACCGAACCGGUCCGAAUCUUUCCAGGCUCAAUGUCUGAUGAGGCUAAUGGAAGCGCACGGUGUCCAGAGGACGAGCAUUGUCGGGAUCAGCUACGGUGGAUUCGUUGGGUACAGUUUAGCGGCGCAGUUUCCAGAGAAAGUGGAGAAGAUUGUGCUAUGCUGCGCCGGGGUUUGCCUUGAGGAGAAAGAUAUGGAGGAUGGAUUGUUUAAGGUUCCGAAUCUUGAAGAAGCCACUGGGAUUUUGAUUCCUCAGACGCCGGAGAAGCUUAAGGAGCUUAUAAGAUUCUCUUUUGUUAAGCCGAUCAAAGGUGUUCCAUCGUUUUUUCUUUGGGACUUUAUAGAUGUAAUGUGUAUGGAGUAUGUAGAGGAGAAGAGAGAUUUGAUCAAAUCAAUACUUAAAGAUCGGAGACUUUCAGAUCUUCCUAGGAUCAAACAGAAAUCUUUGAUCAUAUGGGGAGAAGAAGAUCAAAUAUUUCCACUUGAACUUGGUUAUAGAUUGAAAAGACAUAUAGGAGACAAUGCAGAGAUAGUUGUGAUCAAGAAGGCAGGACAUGCUGUGAAUUUGGAGAAGUCUAAAGAGUUCCUCAAGCACUUGAAAUCUUUUCUCAUUGACUCUUUGUGAACUACUGUUUUUAUUUAUUCUUUUUUAUGUAGAUUGAUAACUAACUUUUCACACUAUUUUUCAUUACUGCAUUUGGAAAGAAUGGUCUAUCUUUGUUAUUGAAAAUUCAAACAUCAUAGGAGGGGAUUACAAACGCGA